UUUGUGGGAAGCGUGAAUCUCAGUGUGUAAUUGAAAAGCAAAAUGAGGGUAUGAAAAAAUCUGGUGACUCUACCUGUUUUAAAAACACAACAGAAAAAUCAGUUGUUGAAGAUAAGACGAACACAACACUAUAUCAAGAAAACUAUUCUUCCUGUCUGCGUAGCAACACUAGUAUAAAACUCUUUAUUUGUAAUACAUGUCGGAAGUCUUUCCAAAGUACAGACGAAUUAAAUUUUCAUUGUACCACAGAAUGUGCACACUCCCUGACCUGUGGCACGCAUAACUGCUCACAAUGCUCUCAUCCUUCACAUCAAAGUUCUUCAACCAGUGUUAUAGAAACAAACAUGAGAAACUCCAGCAGUAAGCAUGUGACUAAAUUUACAAAUAAUAUAUGUCAUUCUCCUGGCAUAUCUUUAUAUAAGCAACCACUAAAGGUACAAGAUUUUACCAUUACACAGAAGAUUAAUACUUUCCCCAAUCCUCCAGAUAUUGUUGUCACUCAUCUACAUGUUCAUCAGAAUUCUUUACAAGCCAAGGUACUCGGUAGAGCCUCUGUUGAAAAAUUAUUUCUUUGUGAGGAAGGUAAAGGAGAGGAUCCAGAAGAGCCUUUCAGAUAUGUGGCAUACAAUGUACAGAAUCCAGAGCAGCCAGUUAGAUUUGUGGUAGAUAAUAGGGAGGAUCCAGGGCAAGUUUUCAAUUUUGGGUCAGAUAAUGGAGAGGAUCCUGCACAGCCUUUUGGUUUUGGUUCAGAUAUUGGAGAGGAUCCUGUACAGCCUUUUGGUUUUGGGUCAGAUAUUGAAGAGGAUCCUGUACAGCCUUUUGGUUCUGGGUCAGAUAAUGGAGAGGAUCAACAGGAACUAUUCAGUUUUGGGUUGGACUCAGGGCAGCCAUUCAGAUCUCGUGCAGAUUAUAUCAGAAUAAUAUCCUCAGAAAAAAUGGUGGAGAAGUUUUUGGACCCAAGCAAAAAAAUUCAUUGUGAUUCCAGCAAAACUGAAGAGAAAAUAAGUUUUGCUCCCCAGAAAGUUUUGAAACGCUUAUCAGAAGAAAAUGAUUUUUUGGGAUUUGAAGAUGGAGUGCAAGACUAUGAAGUGAAUGAAAACUUUUUCCCAUCCAUUAUUUUAAAUAAAAAAAGUUGUAUUGGAUCUGCAAAUGAAGAAAAAAAGUAUUUAUGCUUACAGAACAUUGAGGAAGACAAUUGUGAAAACACAACUACAAUAGAUCCAGAAUAUAAAUGUAUGGAGUCUCUGGUAGAAGGUCCCUCUUGUAAUAAGUCUAACAUCCCAUUAUUGAUUCCCUCUGCAGAAUUGGUACCUUCAGUAGACAAUUCUACAUUACCGGUAUCUAGUGAUCUUGAAGCUUGUGGAGAUUUACAGACACUUAAUGAUGUGAGUUUUGCUCCUCCCAGGAAGAGCAAAGGAAUUGUAAGAAGAAGAGCAAAGAGACUUUUGGAUCAGAACACAUCAAAACUACUAUUAACUUCAGGUGUUAAAAAGAGAGUAAGUCAUACUCAACAGCCUUCAGAAAACUUUCCAAUUGGGCAAGUACAAGAAAAUACUUCUCUGUAUAAGAAAUAUCCAGAUAAGGCUGUAACAAGACAGAGUGUUCAAGUAAAUCAGUCAAGGAAAUUAGACUCAGCGUUUGCAAAUGGUUGCCAGCCAAGAGCUUCAAAUACUGCUAAGCAAUACAAAGAAGACAUUGUGAUAAUAAAAAGUGGCAAAAGAUUGUAUUCCUGUAAUAUAUGUCACAACUUGUGUAGUUCACCUGGUGACCUGGUCCGACACAUGAAAAUACACACUAAGGAAAGUCCUUUUAAGUGUCACCUUUGCCCACGAACUUACACACACAGAAGUUCCCUAACCAAACACUUGGAUGUACAUGAAGGAAAGAAGCCUUUUAUUUGCUUAGUAUGUAAAGCGGCUUUUUCCCAGAAAGUUCAUUUAAAAACACACUUCUCAAUUCAUACAGGUGAGAAACCUUUUAGGUGUUCAGAAUGUGGCAAAGCAUUUUCUCGCCGUGAUCAUCUGAAAGGGCAUAAAUAUACUCACACCUCAGAAAGACCAUACAAGUGUGAUAUGUGUCCUCGUGAUUUCAAAUGCAAUUCAAAUUUGUUCAAUCAUAGGAGAAUCCAUCUUGAAGAUCGACGAUAUCAGUGUGAUUUCUGCAGUGCUUCUUUUAUUGUGGCACACAGUUUAAUGCUGCAUAUGAGGACCCAUACUGGAGAAAAACCUGUUCAUUGCCCAAUAUGCAAUGUAGACUUUAGAUUUGAAAGUAGUUUGAGAAAACAUGCAACUUCAAAGCAUCCUGGCUUUGAGGUCAGGGGCUCCGUUCUUGUUCGUGCAGUGCAGUAAUGACCGGGAAUAUACA